AUGUUCGCUACCGCUGUAUUCGGUGCUCUUCUUUCGUCGCUCGCCAUCAGUGAGACUGCUUCUGCAGCGGAAGUCUCGAAUUGGCGGAUACGAGACACGCUCUCCGUCUGUCAGGAAAUAAGCAAAGCUGUUUCAUCGGCAUCUGCUGUGUACUAUCCCCAAAACUCUUCCUACGCUGUGGAUGUCGAGCAUUACUUGGCUACCAGCUCACAGGAAGCCGCCUGCUCUGUCGAGCCCGGGACUCCAGAAGACGUCGGAGUGAUAUUGCAAAUAUUGGGGAACACGCAGACCCCUUUCGCGGUGAAGGGUGGUGGACAUGCAUCUAAUCCAGGCUUCUCUUCCACUACCGGUGUACAGGUUGCUAUGGCACGUUUCAGUGGCGUGACAUACAAUUCGGGCUCGCAGACGGUAGACAUUGGUGCUGGCUUGAUCUGGGAUGAUGUCUACGCAGCACUUGAGCCUUAUGAGGUCAAUGUAGUUGGUGGACGAGUGACUGGGGUAGGAGUGGCUGGCUUAACACUGGGAGGAGGUUACUCGUUCCUAUCAAAUCAGUAUGGGCUCACCGUCGAUACCGUGACGGCGUAUCAGCUCGUACUCCCGAACGGAACGGUCAGCAGCAUCACUGCUUCGUCCAAUCCUGACUUGUUCUUCGCAUUGAAGGGCGGGUUCAAUAACUUCGGUAUUGUGACGCAAUUCACUCUGAAGGCAUACCCGCAGGGUCAAGUUUGGGGAGGGAUCAUAGAGGCCGUGGACCAAUUUGAUGCAAUUGCUGCGGCAACGGCGAACUUCUACGCCAACGUGACGGACGCGAAGGCUGCUAUUCUCCCUACGUUCAAUUUUGCCUCCAACACUCCCAUUGGUGAGGUUAGUAUUUUCUACGACGGGCCUACUCCCCCGGAUGGCAUGUUCGACGAAUUUCUGGCUAUCCCGGCUUUGAGCCAGGAUAUCUCGACGCGCUCCUUCUUGUCCCUCAUCUUGUCGGACCCUAGCAAUGGCACAGCUGGCCUUCGAGGAUACUUCAAUACCGUCUCUUUGUACGAGAUUACGCCCUCUAUACUUGCCGCGGUAGCGAACGAGACAUUGUACUGGGCAUCCCAGCUCGAAUCAGAUGUCCCGGGACUCUUUGUCAGCUAUGAUGUGGAGCCGUUCCUUCCCAGCGUAUUCUCUCAUGGCUCAGACUCCGCCUGGCCGCCAAUCCGCGCCAACGCCAUCUUACCGAUGAACAUAUACUAUUCGUGGAACUCUUCCUCAUCUGACUCGCUCAUCAACAACGUCAUGCAAACUAGCGCAAGCUAUUUGACAAGUCUGGCAGUGAGCGAGGGUCAAGCAGUCAGCAAUGCACCGCUGUACCCCAAUUACGCCAUUUACGACACACCAUUAUCUCGCAUGUAUGACGACAACCUAUCACGACUACAGUCUAUCAAGGCCCAGUACGAUCCCGACAAUGUCAUGGGCCUUACAGGUGGAUGGAAGUUCUGA